AGCCUGCUAUUCCUCAGGGGGAGGGUCUCCACACCGUUCCGCGUGGCCACGAUGAUCCCUCCCAGCGGCACCCGAGAGGACAGCGUGGACGGACUGCCCCGGGAGGCGGCACCGAACACGGAGCAGCCGCCCUCUCCUGCGUCCACCAGCAGCCUGGAGUCCAAGCUCCAGAAACUAAAACGAUCACUUUCUUUCAAGACUAAGAGUUUACGAAGCAAAAGUGCUGACAACUUCUUCCCGAGAACCAACAGUGAUGUGAAGCUACAAACAGAUGUGCUGGCAGAGGUCAGCCCUGGCCCCAGCCCUCUGCCCACUCCUGGAAGCCUGACAUCCACGCCCACCAGAGCGGGCCUGCAUUCCGGCAGUGGCAAGGCCCAUGCUUUCCAGGAACAUAUCUUCAAGAAGCCUACCUUCUGUGAUGUCUGCAACCACAUGAUAGUGGGAACAAAUGCUAAGCAUGGACUGCGCUGCAGAGCCUGUAAGAUGAGCAUCCACCACAAGUGUGCAGAUGGCCUCACACCCCAGCGGUGCAUGGGCAAGCUGCCAAAGGGUUUUCGGCGUUACUACAGCUCCCCCUUGCUCAUUCAUGAGCAGUUUGGAUGCAUUAAAGAAGUUAUGCCCAUUGCAUGUGGCAAUAAGGUGGACCCUGUCUAUGAGACCCUCCGCUUCGGGACUUCCUUGGCCCAGAGGACGAAGAAGGGGAGCUCUGGCAGUGGCUCUGACUCACCUCACAGAACCUCUACAUCAGAUCUCGUGGAGGUUCCUGAAGAAGCUGACGGGCCAGGAGACGGGCCUGACCUGAGGAAGAGAAGCAGCAGUGUAUUUACAUAUCCAGAAAAUGGCACCGAUGAUUUCAGAGACCAAGCAAAGAACACAAACUACCACGUAUCUGCAGAAGUCACAGAAGAUAGAUCAGACUGGAGUCCUCAGAGCAAACUGCAGGUUACUACCCAAGGAUCUCUUUCCAAAGACCCAUUACAGAUGAACACCUACGUUGCCUUGUACAAAUUUGUGCCACAGGAGAAUGAAGACUUAGAAAUGAGUCCAGGAGAUAUGAUUACUCUUCUAGAGGAUUCCAAUGAAGACUGGUGGAAAGGAAAAAUUCAAGACAGGAUUGGCUUCUUUCCAGCCAACUUUGUCCAGAGAGUACAACAAAAUGAGAAGAUUUUCAGGUGUGUUAGAACCUUCAUCGGGUGCAAGGAGCAGGGACAGAUAACACUGAAAGAGAACCAAAUUUGCGUGGCUUCUGAAGAAAAAGAAGAAGACGAAGACGAAGAAGAUGGCUUCAUCAGAGUCCUCAGCGGGAAGAAGAGAGGCCUUGUCCCCCUCAAUGUUCUAGAAAACGUCUGACCAUGGACCCUUCCUCUGUGCAGUAGUAGGCCAGCUCUGCUCAUCUCACUGUGUUCACCCCAAGGAGCUGCUAUGCUGACCCAGCCCCCAGGAAACAGGGAGAUAAGACUCAAGGGUCUGAGACUGGAGGAGCCGCUACAAAAUAGGGCCCAUCAUACACCAUGUCAGGAUACCUGAUGUGGGGAGUAGGCUGAGACAGUAGGGGACAGAAAUAAAUGCACACCUGGUGGUGGCAGCAGAGAUGUAGCCACCGAUGUCUCAGACAUGAUGCCCUCUCUGUCCACCACCUGCUGGAGUGUGCUCCAGGCUGCAGUGUUGGCCCCUCCUAUGUGAGGCUUAGGUCUGUAUAGCUUAGUGUGAUACUGGCGCCAGAUCUUUGUCCUUAGUACUGGCUAAGCAGUGCCAUUGACUCUCUCUGAGGAGAAUCAAAAGGGUCUGCUUCCCAGCUGCCAACAUUCCAGUGCUCCCCCAGGGCCCUGCUCACUUUGUGGUUGUGCUGUCCUAAUCAUUAGGUCUUUUUCCAGUCCUCCAAGUACAUCAUGGCAAUAUGUAUUGGA